AUGACAUUAUCACUCGAAACCCCUCAGGAGGUAUUGACUUCCCCCGGACCAUUUGAAGGUCCAGAAAAAUUAUUGGAAGUAUGGUUCGCUCCUUCCGUCGAUCAAUUACCUCAAUCUGGCCCAUCAUCCUCGAGUAACCGACCAUAUCGAACAAGCAGUAAGAGUAAUGAGGAGUUAAAAGGGUUGAGAAAGGUGCCCAAGGAAGUUUGGGAAGAAAUGUUGGAUAUUGUCAAAUGCAAGGUAUUGAGUGUUGUGGAAGGGGACGAAAUCGAUGCGUACUUGUUAUCCGAAUCAUCUUUAUUCGUCUCUCCUCAUCUGAUAAUCCUCAAAACAUGCGGAACGACCCUAAACCUCCUGGGAUUGUAUAGGAUAAUUGAAAUUGCCAAAGAAUGGUGUGGUUUCACCAACGUCUGGCGAUGUUUUUACAGUAGGAAAAGUUUCUUCUUCCCAGAGAGACAGCAGGGUCCUCACAAAGAUUGGGGAGAUGAAGUGAGGUUCUUAGAUACUGUUUUUGGCACGGCCGGAGCAGCUUACACCGUCGGACCAAUGAACCGAGACCAUUGGUUACUCUACCUCACUUCGCCUAAUACCGUCCCCAACUUACCCUCUUCUUCUUCUUCUCCUUCUUCCUCAAUCACUCUACCUGCUCCUACUUCCACUGCUCUCCAGUCGAGAUCCGACGGACCUUCAUUCCAGCCUACCAAAUACCAAGAUACGACCCUCGAGAUCCUCAUGACCCACCUCGCUCCUUCGGCGAGAUCGCAAUUUUUCAACGACGAUUCAAACGGUACUCUCAAAUCAGGAUUAGAACUAGGUAAAGAUAUAUCAGCGAAAUUGGGUAUAGAUCAGUUGUUUUCAAAAAGCGAGACGGAAUUAGAUUCAUUCGGAUUUGAUCCUUGUGGAUAUUCAGCGAAUGCCGUGAUUGGUUCUGGGAUGCCUGAUUCUAGUAAAAAUCCAGGAGGGUAUUUUACGAUCCAUGUUACGCCUGAAGAUGGUUGGUCAUACGCUUCAUUCGAAUGUAAUGUACCAUUACCAAUAGCGGGUACAUCUACCGAUCCUUCAUCUCAAGAAGAAGAAGCAAUCAAGAGACCGGAAUUGAAAGAGUUGAUCAGAAAAGUAGUCAAUAUAUUCCAGCCUUCAAGGUUAUCAAUCACACUUUUCGUUAGCACCCCAGCUACCACGUCCACCAACGACGGGGAGGAAGGAGAAGAGGAACAACAGACAGAGACGGAACAGAGAGCAUGGAAAUCUUUCGGAACGGAUUUACUAGGGAAGGGAUUUGUAAGGAAAGAUAGGAUAGGGUACGAAUUUGAUGGAUACGAUUUGGUAUUUGCAUGUUUUGAGAAGAGGGGCUGGGAGGAACCGAAAGGUGGGAACAUGACGAUUGGAGAUCAUAAUGGGGAUGCAUGA